CGGAAAUACAAUAUCCAUCAACUAUUAUUUUGUUUGAUUAACACCAUACAUGAAGCCUUUUUCUCUGUUUUGUUUUGUUUUCUACUUCCAUAACCAUAUGAUAUUGUUUUGCCCCUUUCAAGGUCCACCCAAUAAUAUAAAAAACGUCUUCACGUACAAAUCUGCAUUUGUUUGAAUCCUAGUAAAAAACCACAUAAAAAGCUAAAUAUGAGUAUCCCUCAUUCACCCACUGUUUGAAAUCACUAUUUACCAAAUUUGAGUCUUCACUCUCCAACAGCCAUGAAGCGAACUCGAUCUCAAACCAAAGCAGAUUCCAAUCCAAAUGACGAUCCACAACCCCCAAUCAAAACCCUAACCUCUUCAAAAAUUCCCUUCCCCGCUCGAAAAAUCCCAAAACUAACCCCCAAAAACAAACAACACCUUCCCCUUUCAACAAUCGCAAAACCAUUAACAUCACAAACCGAAAUCGAAACUGCUCUGAACCACCUUCGUUCAUCCGAUCCCCUCUUAACCACCAUCAUCAACACUUUCCCCUCUCCAAAUUUCACAAAGCAAAUCACACCUUUCUUCUCCCUCAUAAAAAGCAUAAUCUCCCAACAACUCUCCAACAAAGCAUCAUCAUCAAUCGAAACGCGUUUCGUCUCACUAUGCGGCGGCCAAUCUUCCAUCCUCCCCGACGUCGUUUUAUCUCUCUCCCCACAGCAGCUUCGCCACGUCGGCAUCUCGGGACGGAAAGCAUCUUACAUCCAUGACCUUUCCACAAAGUACGCUAAUGGUUUUUUGUCGGAUUCUUCAAUUUUGGAAAUGGACGAUGAAACACUUUUUAAGAAACUAACUUCGGUUAAAGGAAUUGGGCCUUGGUCGGUUGAUAUGUUCAUGAUUUUUACACUUCACAGGCCUGAUGUUUUACCUGUUGGUGACCUUGUUGUGAGGAGAGGUGUGGAGCGGUUGUAUGGUCUUAAGGGUUUGCCUUCACCUUCAGAAAUGGAAUUACUGUGUCAUAAAUGGAAGCCUUAUAGGUCUAUUGGGUCUUGGUAUAUGUAUAGGUUUGUUGAAGCUAAAGAGGUUAUGCCUCACCAAGUUAACUAAUCUAUGUGGAAUAUGUCUGAUUAGAAGUGUCAUGCUAUUAAGAGGAGACAAUUAUUAUGUUUGUCUUGUUAAGUUAAGUUGUAGUGUUUGUAUAAAUUCAACUUAUAAUCUUUGCUAUUUAGUUUUUAACCUUUUUUUUCUUCUUCAGAUUUAUAUUUUGUUGCUUAUGUUAGUCUUUGAACAUUUGGCUGAUUUGUGUUAGGAUUAAAAUGUUUUGUUUGAUGUUGA